AUGGCCGCCAAUUUUUGCUUUAAUUUUGAAAUUCCUGAACAAAACCCCGAGUUUUCUAUAAACGAAGAAAAAUCAGGACAUAAAGAAGUAAAGGGUUCUGUAAAGGCCGAAGCCACGUUUUUAAAUCCGAAUCAAAAUGAGUUAGAAGUUGUUUUGAAAGGAAACUAUGAGGCCAAAGAAGUUGAAAUCGCUGGUUUUGACAAUGGGCCAUCAUCACGACUUGUCCAUUUGUCGGAGGCUUUUGUUGAGAACCUUAUUCGGAACUCCGAAGAAUAUUCAACAACCGCUAGUAAGCGAGCGUUGGAAUCAAACACGGAUCUCAUUCCUUCAUUUUAUGAGGGAGGACUGAAGAUCUGGGAGUGUUCUCUUGAUCUUGUAAACCACCUUAAUAGACUUUUCCUAGAAAACAAGUUGUAUUUCCAAGAUAAGGCAGUUCUAGAACUGGGCUGCGGUGCUGGCUUGCCAGGAAUUUAUGCGUGCCUCAAAGGUGCAAGUGUUUGUUUCCAAGAUUACAAUGCAGAAGUAUUGAAACUUUUUACAAUUCCUAACGUGGCAUUAAGUAUGAAUUCUGGGAAUUCUUUUGACUUUUCCAGGAACCCAACACUUCUAGAAAAGAUCAAUCGUUGCAAAUUUUUGUCAGGAGAUUGGGAAUUCGCUAAAUCAUUACUGGAACCUAUGUCAUUCGAUGUCAUUCUUACUUCAGAGACAAUUUAUAACAGUGAUGUACAAAAAUCGUUGUAUGAACUUAUAAAGUUCGUAUUGAAGCCCUCUGGCGUAGCAUUUGUUGCGGCAAAGAGCUAUUAUUUUGGCGUGGGUGGUGGUACGGACCAGUUUUCCCAGCUGGUUAAGCAAGAUGGGGCGUUUGAUAUUUCCAAUCUAACAAUGUGUAGUGAAGGUGUUAAAAGAGAAAUAUUAGUCAUGAAAAGAAAAUAAAU